UAGUCUAUUUUGCGAAUUUAGUAUUUAAAGUGAAAUCGGAAGUGAAGGAGGUUAGACAAUUUUUAAUAGAUUCUUAGAAGUUGGAGAGAAGUCAGCAAAUAAGUACAAAUAAGAAAUUAAUUACGAAAUAAUACAAAUAAAAUAAGUGCGACUCUCCACUGUCCUCCAAAGUCGCCAUGUUUAAUCAACAUGUUAAUCAACACAAACAGGCACAACUUUUGAAUCCAUUUUCCAAUCCAGAUGGCAGAUCAUCGCCCAAGCCAUCAUUUUCCAAAGAUGAAUACGGCAAACCUUUGGCUGGCAGUUUGACAGAAAUGAGAGGCCAGAAAGCCAAUAUGCAUGUGUUGAAGGAAAUGUUGGAAUUGUGCCAGAUUAUUGAUUCAGAGGGCUAUGAUGUGAAAGAUGAACCUACUAUGCGUGUUAUACCAUUUGGAGAGUUAUUUAAUAUUUACAACUACAUUUCCGACAAAGUGGUGGGCAUUCUCUUGAGAGCUCGCAAACACAAAUUGGUCGAAUUCGAGGGUGAAAUGUUAUUCCAAAGACGUGACGACGAUGUGCCCAUUUUCUUACUCAAGCCCAUACAUGAAAUACGUCGCGAUAUGGAGUCUAAAAUAGAGAGCAUUAAACGAUGUGGCAGUCCAGCACCACAGGCAACCUCGGUUCUAUUGGAUAAGAAAGCUCAUGGUUUAGAUGUGCCCAAGGGUGCCUCACCCAGAAGUUCUGUGUCGCGGACACCUUCACCACAAACGUCUAAGGCCCCAACACCAGUACGUGAAACUAAAGCUAAGACUGCUGAAGCUCCAGCAGCCUCGGAAACUCCCAAAAUUCAAAUAAGCCAAGGCACAGGUGAAGCUACUAAACCUGAAGUUGUGGAAAAUAAACCGCAAGAGACCCCUAACAAACCAGCAGAGGAAGUAAAAGCUCCAACUGAAACAACGGCACAACAAGCACCACCACAGCCAAUAGAAGUAGUUCCCCAGGAACAACAGCCCACACCAGUGGAGGUAACAGCCACUCCAACUGCAGCCUCAGAAAUCAAAACAGAUGUCAAUAACAAUAACAACAGCAACAAUAACAUUAAUAACAACAACGAUGUACCCACCAUUAUUAUAGAAGCCACAGCAGUUUACGAAGCUCCUGCCAAAACUGAUUCUGAGUCCAACAGUGCAGUUUCAAGCGCCCCCGCAGUGGCUGCAGCCAGUGCUUAAUCUAUUAAAUUUAAGUCUCUUAAUUUAUUUCAAACACAAAAAAAAAACAUUAGUUUUAAAUUAAAUGUAAUUCAAAAAACUAUAAUUUAGUGACAAGACGACAACUCAAUAUGCAACCUAAUUUGGAAUUUGAAUUUUUAUUUUUAAUCUAAAUAAAGUUAUUAGAUCCAUACAUAUGUACUAAAUUCUGUCUCCUUUUCUAGGCUGCAGUAUUAUAAAUGAUGUAAAUAUCGAAUAAAUUAAGCUAAAUUAAAUUUGUCUGUAGUCUUUUAAAUUUUUGCUUUUUUCUCCUUGGUUUUUAAAUUAUUUAAACAUAGUGAUACAUAAAAUAUAAAAUAACAUAACGAAAUUAUAAAUUAAUAAAGAAAUGAAAAAUACCGAAAAUAUAAAGAAAA